AUGCUCAUAGCCAAGCUUCAACACAAGAAUCUUGUUAGACUUUUGGGUUGUUGCAUUGAACGAGAUGAAAAGAUAUUAGUUUACGAGUAUAUGCCCAAUAAAAACUUGGAUUUCUUCCUCUUUGAUGAAAAGAAGCGCAUGAUAUUAGAUUGGAGGACUUGUGUUGGAGUCAUUGAAGGAAUUGCUCAAAGACUUCUUUAUCUUCAUCAGUAUUCCAGGUCAAGGAUUAUUCACAAGGACUUAAAGCCUAACAAUAUUUUGUUGGACAUUGAUAUGAAUCCCAAAAUAUUAGAUUUCGGAAUGGCAAGAAUAUUUGGAGGAAAUGAAUCACAAGCAAAUACAAAUAGGAUUGUUGGCACUUAUGGUUAUAUGUCUCUUGAAUAUGCUUUGAAAGGUCUAUUUUCAAUCAAAUCCGAUGUCUUUAGUUUUGGCGUCUUAUUGCUAGAGAUUGUAAGUGGCAAGAAGAAUACGGGUUUUUAUCAAAGUUACUGGCUCCAUCUUAUUGGAUAUGCAUGGGAAUUAUGGACAAAUGAUAGGGGAUCCGACUUCGUGGAUCCACUACUUAAUGAUAUAUCCUCUAUGCAGAUGGUAUUGAGACAUGUUAACAUAGCUCUGCUUUGUCUUCAAGCAAGUGUAGCGGAUAGGCUUACUAUGUCUGAUGUUGUCGCAAUGCUUAGCAAUGAAACUACAGUUCUACCUUAUCCCAAGGAACCUGCUUUCUUGAAUGUGAAUGGUAUGGCGAUGGCAAACUCAAUUAACAGUAGGUCACAAAUAUGUUCUCUGAAUGGUGCAACUGUUUCAAUUAUGGAAGGCCGAUAA